GCAAAAUGCUUUUUCUAGAGUGAAAACCCCCAUACAAGAUAAACCAUCCAAACCAAACCCUCUUUUCUCCAAACAUAUCUCAGAAUAAAUUAUAUUUUAUUUCUUGGAAACUGCAAGGUUAAUCUUAGUAGCAGCACCCAAACCAAAGCUGAAAAUAGUAUAUUUUCUGUAUUCAUUCACUCAUUCUCACUGCAUCAAAAACCAAAACACAACAACUUAGAGAAAACAAAACCAAACCAAACAAGAACAACUUGAAGAUGAUAACAUUAAUAGAUUUCUACCAUGUUAUGACAGCAAUGGUUCCACUUUAUGUAGCCAUGAUCUUAGCUUAUGGUUCAGUAAAAUGGUGGAAAAUCUUCUCUCCUGAUCAAUGUUCAGGAAUCAACCGUUUCGUUGCUUUGUUUGCAGUUCCUUUACUUUCCUUCCAUUUCAUUGCUUCCAACAAUCCAUACAAAAUGAACCUACGGUUCCUCGCCGCAGACACACUCCAGAAAAUCAUAGUCAUAACCGCUCUAAUCAUUUGGGCUAAUGUUAGCAAAAGAGGUUGUUUAGAAUGGACAAUAACACUGUUUUCCAUUUCAACUCUUCCGAACACUUUGGUUAUGGGAAUACCUCUCUUGAAAGGGAUGUAUGGUGAAUUCUCAGGGAGUUUGAUGGUGCAAAUUGUGGUUCUUCAGUGUAUAAUUUGGUACACUUUGAUGCUGUUCAUGUUUGAGUAUAGAGGAGCGAGAAUGCUUAUUUCUGAACAGUUUCCGGAUACUGCUGGCACCAUUGUUUCCAUUCAUGUGGAUUCUGAUGUGAUGUCGUUGGAUGGAAGACAGUGUUUGGAAACAGAAGCUGAAGUUAAAGAAGAUGGGAAGCUUCAUGUUACAGUGAGAAAAUCAAAUGCUUCAAGAUCGGAUAUAUAUUCAAGAAGAUCUCAUAAUUCUCAUGCAAAUACAACACCUCGUGCUUCAAAUCUGACAAAUGCGGAGAUAUACUCUUUGCAAUCUUCUAGGAAUCCAACUCCAAGAGGGUCAAGUUUCAACCACACAGAUUUCUAUUCAAUGAUGGGUCGUAAUUCGAACUUUGGUUCUUCAGAUUUGAAGGGAACAACACCGAGAAGUUCUAACUAUGAUCUUCCAACAACGGGGAAUAAUUAUCCUGCACCGAACCCUGGAAUGUUCUCUCCCAAGAAUGUUGCUGCUAAGAAGGCUAAUAAUAGUAGUAAUAGUAAUGGUCAAGUUGCUGUGAAAACUGAUGAUCUUCAUAUGUUUGUUUGGAGUUCAAGUGGCUCUCCGGUUUCUGAUGUGUUCGGUUCUCAUCUUGAAUAUGGAGGAACAGGAACUGGAACUGGAAAUGGAGUUCAAGUUCAUCAUGAUCAGAAACAAGUCAAGUUGAAUCUCUCUCCCAGAAAAGGGGAGGGUGAAGAGGUGUACAUAGAUGAAUCUAGGAAUGAGGAAAGUGGAAAGGGGAACCCUAAAGUUAUGCCACCAGCAAGUGUAAUGACAAGGCUAAUAUUGAUAAUGGUUUGGAGAAAACUUAUCAGAAAUCCAAACACAUAUUCGAGCAUUAUAGGCUUAAUUUGGUCACUUGUUUCAUUCAGGUGGAAUAUUGAAAUGCCUGCCAUCAUAGCAAACUCUAUUUCUAUAUUAUCAGAUGCAGGACUUGGCAUGGCCAUGUUCAGUCUUGGUUUGUUUAUGGCUUUGCAACCAAGGAUCAUAGCAUGUGGUAAUUCUGUAGCAACUUUUUCGAUGGCCGUUAGAUUCCUUACCGGUCCAGCUGUCAUGGCAGCUGCUUCCAUUGCUGUUGGUCUUCGAGGAACCCUCUUGCAUGUUGCCAUUGUUCAGGCAGCUCUUCCACAAGGAAUUGUCCCAUUUGUUUUUGCCAAGGAAUACAAUGUACAUCCAGAUAUUCUCAGCACAGGGGUAAUUUUUGGGAUGUUGAUUGCAUUGCCCAUAACGUUGGUUUAUUACAUCUUGUUGGGGCUAUGAAUGGAUAUCAAAAUGAAGAUUACAUUUGGCAUUCAUGCAAGGAAUUGCUUAAUUGAGGCUUCUAGCUUAGACCAAGAGAAAGAAAAAACAUCACCAUUAUUACUAUUUAAGAAUAAUAGGAACCAACCAAUUAGUUUUAGUUUUCUUCUUUAAAUAAAUUGUUCUUGUUUAGUGAAAAAUGUAUAAUCAUGCUAGUACCUAGUGGAGUAGUUGAUUUUAUAAAAAAGCUAUGGUUAUUAUCUUGUUAGAUUUCAAACUUAAAAUGUUCUCAUAUUGCAAUUUGCAC